AUGGAUGCAAUGACAAUAGCUUCAAAAAACUAUUCGAAAGUGGUCAGUCAUUGCAAUAAAUUAAGCAAAGUAAAUCAAAACUUACAAAAAGAAAAUAAAGAUUUGCAAGCACAGAAAUAUCAUUUAUGGAAAGCAUUAGAAAAACUUAAGAAGGAUACUGUGUUUCGUAAAAAUAGUAAAAAAAUUGAUUCACCUACGUUGCUUAACCAAAUAAACAACACAAUAUCCAAUUUUGAUAAAUGCGGAGAUUAUCAGAGCUGUUGUUCUAAAAACUCAGUUAAAUCUGAACAGCAAAUUUUAACAAUUACUGAUUCAACUGAUUGCGGCGAUCGUGAAAAGCUAUCAGAAAUUUCAGUUGAAACUAAUUUUAGUGAUUAUGAUUUGUUAUCAAAGCUUAUAAAUGACAUAGAUUUAUUUUGUAGUACUAAAAAUGCAUGUGAUCCUCAUGUUAAAUUAAUUAAAAAAUUACGAAAUACAUUGAUGGAUGCAAUGCGAUUAGAUGAAGCAAAUGAAAUAAUUUUAAAUAUAAAGCAAGAAGAAAUAAAUCGUUUUCAAGAACAAAUCGAAGAAGAAAAAGAUGGAAAUAAAUGUAAUAAUAUCGUGAUUUCUAAAAUGAAGCAAGAUAUUAGGGAAUUGGCAGUUGCACUAGAGGGUCAAUUUUUGAAAAACAAAAGUUUGAUAAAUUGUAACAAAGAACAACGUCGAAUAAACGACGAAUACUUAACAAACCAACAAGUCUUGGAGUGUAAAUUAUCAAAUACAGAAAUCGAUAAUUGCGAAAAAACCAAUAUAAUUCUUGAUCUUCAAGAAAAAUUAAAUGAUUAUACUUAUAAAAUAGAAGAGCUUGAUUUUCAAAAGGAUUUGAAGAACACACAUGAAAAAUGGACUUAUUCCCAACAACAACUAGAGAGCACCGAGCUUGAAUUGAAGCAAGAGCAAAUUAAGUACAAAAUAGCUAAAGAAAAAUAUAAACUCCAAGAGAAUAAAUGUGAGGAAAUCCUAAGCCAUAUGGACAACGAACAAAAAAAGUUGAAUUAUUCCCAAGAAAAAGUACAGGAGACCGUCAUCGAAUUGAAUAAAGAACAAAGUGAGAAAAAAAUUGUCACAGAGGAACACAAUAAUGAAAUAAAAAGUUGGGCGACGAAAAGCAUUCAAACAGAUUUGUCCAACGUUAUUGAAUCUAUAAUUGUAAAUAAAUCAGAAAGCCCGGAAAUUGUAUCUCAAAUGGAUAUUGGGGAAAAAGAAGAAAAAAUUAUUGCCUCAUCAGAUGUAGUAAAUGGACAAUUGUCAAAAGACAAAGACAAAUACAGGGAGAACAAAUUAUCGAAUACUAUUACUAAUGAAGAAGAAAUUGUACGUCUAAGUUUAGAAAAUGUUACAGUUGGUUCCAAUUCUCACUUAUCCAUUCGGAAAAGUUCUAAAUCAUCUGAACGAAAUGUUAGUAAUUCUGACUCGAAUAGUGCGUCUGGUUGUUCCUGUUCUGUCAAGUCAAGUAAAUCAAGAUGUGACUGCAUCAUUAAUUACAUAAAGAAAUCGAAAAAAUCACGUUCCAACGAACUCGAUGUAAUGAAAUAUCCACAAAAACAAUAUGAGAAGAUAUGUGAACAAGAAAAUUAUAUAAUUGAUGAAUGUGUUAAACAACAAUACUGCGAGAUAAAUAUUAUUCCGUCAGCAAAUAAUAAGUCACAAGACGAAAAACUAGCCAAUCACUACGAAAAUGUCACGAAAAGUUUUGAUCAUAAAAUAAAUCUUGAGGCAGUAGAAAAUAAGGGGCUAGUUUUGGCACAACAAAACCCUAUAGAACAACAACUAAAAAAGCAUACGACGAAAAAGAUAAAAAAAUCCAAGAAAAAAAUUGUGGCCAAAAAGGAACCAGCAAAGCCGGAAUUUAAGUACAACUUACCAUGUGAUAGUUGCAAUGAUGAAAAUUGUUAUUACAAUAGGACUGCACCUCGAUGUCCAGAAGAGUGGGAAAUAUUAUUCAAACAACUCAUGAAACGCCACAAGUAUAUUUUAAGAAGAAGAUAA